GAGAGGAAAUUUUAGUCAUUUCGAACAAAUUAGGGUUUCCUCGUAACUUAUAAGCUCUGUUGAGUUGCAGUUUGCACCUCCGUCUCUCUGCCGUAGUCAGUGUUUAUUUGGUCUCCAUCGCUUCAUCGCACCUUGAUUCGACUCAAAAAUGGCGGAGCAGACUGAGAAAGCUUUCUUGAAGCAGCCGAAGGUGUUCCUCUGCUCAAAGAAGUCAGGGAAAGGGAAAAGGCCAGGAAAGGGUGGGAAUCGUUACUGGAAGAGCAUUGGUUUGGGAUUCAAGACUCCCAGAGAGGCAAUUGAAGGUACUUACAUUGAUAAGAAGUGCCCAUUCACUGGCAAUGUUUCUGUCAGGGGUCGUAUCCUAGCUGGCACUUGCCACAGUGCAAAAAUGGUGAGGACCAUCAUUGUUCGACGUAAUUAUCUUCAUUAUAUCAAGAAAUAUCAGAGAUACGAGAAGAGACACUCAAACAUCCCAGCCCAUAUAUCCCCAUGCUUCCGUGUUAAGGAGGGAGACCAUGUCAUCAUUGGGCAGUGCAGGCCUUUGUCUAAAACGGUGCGGUUCAAUGUGUUGAAAGUGAUACCUGCUGGUUCUUCUGCUGGUGGGAAGAAGGCAUUCACUGGGAUGUGAGUGAGUUAAGUUUCUCUAUCGGUUACUAGUAUGAGAGGUGAUGAGAUUAGAUCAAUCUGUUUUUUGUUAUUUGAGACCAUUUUUUGAGCCUUGCAUCUAGCACUUAAAUUUUUUGUAUUAUCAAUAUACAUUUUGAAGAAGUAAUGACCUACUUUUUGGCCCCUCAAGCCGAUAUGGACGGCUUUACAUAAUCCCAAGUCUAAACCAAUUAAGGAAGAGAUUAACUUGCUGUUAAUAGUACAGUAGUUCAUACAACAUAUGAGUAAGAAAUUUGGAUUCUUGUU